AUGGUCCAAUCAUUUUCCCAACUUUUAACCAUUACUUGGUUAACUGUAAUUAAUGCCCGUCAAUGGAAUCAAUUUGAAGUUAUUUGGAAUGUUCCAAGUGAACAAUGCAUGACGAAAUGGAAAGAAGGUGAAAAACCAGAAAAGUACGGUAUACUCGUGAAUAGGGGACAUAAAUUUCGUGGUGACAUUAUCGUUACUUUAUAUGAAAAACAAUUCGGCUUAUAUCCAUACUAUCGUGAUUUUUCUGAUCUGACAUCGGCUGUUAACGGUGGCAUCCCUCAGCGCGCAAACCUUUUCAGCGCAUUUGUCGAAAGUUCGCAGUGAUAUAGACAAAGCGAUACCG